UUUUGCAGUUCCACACGCUUGUAAUCUGUUUCGGGGUUUACAGGUAGUACUUAUUUGAUUUUGAACUAAAAAUAUAAUUAUAGUACCAUAUCUAUCGGGCUGGCAUUUCGUCUGCGGAUUCGAGUACGCGCACAUUCUUGAAUCUCCUGUUAUUCAGUUGACCAACUGUGUGAGAACGGUCGAGGAAUCAGUUUAUUCUAUUUCUCGAAGCCUGUGACUGUUUCUGGUUUCACAUCAGAAAUCACGGUUAGAUUGGUCAACGAUCCAACGACCAAGUGGCAGGGAUGUCAGGCCUCAGUCGCAUUCUGCCUCCUCCGAGCCUGAUCAUUCACGAUCGGGACGCUGAACGUCAGCGUGUGGCCAAUGAGUCGCAGCGAGCCGUGGUAUCGCGUCAGAAACAGAUUCCUCCGUAUGGCCACCGUAGUGGCUACAUUCCGCGCAUUCCCGAAGAUUACGGUGAUGGAGGCGCUUUUCCCGAAAUCCCCGUGGCCCAGUAUCCCCUGGAGAUGGGACGGAAGCGCGGGGAGAAGACCAAUGCGCUGGCCGUGGCGGUAGAUGAGGCGGGCAGUAUCAAGUAUGAUGCGCUACUCCGACAGGGACAACGCGCGGAUAAAGUCAUACAUUCCAAGUAUCAGGAUCUGGUGCCCAAACCCAUUCGCAACGAAUCAGCGCCAGAAUUGCAGAAACCCGACGAGGAAGAAAUUGCCAAGCUAGCGGAGGAGACAAGACAAGCCCUACAAGUGCGCGUUGACACCAAAAUUGCUGCCGCCAUGCCAGUUAGGAGAGCAGAAGCCGUCGGACCUGAUCAGUAUGUCCGCUACACACCCUCUCAGCAGGGCGACAACUUCAAUUCGGGUGCGAAGCAGCGCAUCGUCCGCGUCGUCGAACAGCAGAAUGAUCCCAUGGAGCCACCGAAAUUCAAAAUCAACAAGAAGCUGCCUAAACCUCCUCCCUCACCGCCGGCCCCGGUCAUGCAUUCGCCUCCGCGGAAGGUAACCGUCCAAGAGCAAGCCGACUGGAAAAUCCCUCCUUGCAUAUCCAACUGGAAGAAUGCUAAAGGCUACACAAUACCGUUGGAUAAACGCUUGGCUGCCGAUGGACGCGGCCUGCAACAAGUGCAUAUCAAUGAAAAUUUUGCCAAGUUUGCGGAGGCCCUGUAUAUUGCCGAUCGCAAGGCCCGUGAAGCUGUAGAAGCCAGAUCACAGUUAGAGCGUCGGUUGGCACAGAAGGAGAAGGAGAGGAAGGAAGAAAAUCUUCGUCAACUGGCUCAGAAAGCUCGCGAAGAGCGCGCUGGGAUUCGCAGUGCGGCAACGGCACCGGAAGAAGCUAGUGCGGAAGAAGUUAGGGAGCGAGAACAACUCAGACUCGAUCGUCAUAAGGAGCGUGCUCGUGACCGCAACAUUCAGCGGGCCGCGCCCGAUAAACGCACGAAGCUGCAGCGGGAGCGCGAGCGCGACAUCAGCGAGAAGAUCGCCCUGGGUAUACCGGCGAAGGUUAACCAAGGCGAUGAUUCGGCAUUCGAUCAGAGAUUAUUUAACCAGAGUCGAGGAAUGGAUAGUGGUUUCGGAGGCGGAGAGGACGAAAGUUACAACGUUUACGACAAAGCCUGGCGUUCAGAGAAGAACAUUGGCCAGUCGCUGUAUCGCCCGAAUAAGAACGUCGAUAAGGAGGUGUACGGUGAUGAUUUUGAUGAAAUUGUCAAGACCAAUCGUUUUGUACCAGAUAAAGGAUUCGAAGGAGCCGAUCGUGCCCAGCGACGCGAUGGACCCGUACAGUUUGAACGACACGCGGCAGCCGCCAAGGACGAGCGGGAAGCCGAUCCUUUUGGGUUGGAUAAAUUCUUGGGGGAAGCGAAAAAAGGCGCUAAGAGAAACGAGGAGGAACGCCGUCGCGGUACCCCGGAGCGGGACCGCGAUUACGAUCGCAAGAAGCGCCGUGGUAGUUAAAAAUUGGUUUUAUUCGUUUGCUUAUGAUGUUAAUUGUAUCGUAUGAGUCAUCGUUGUAUGGUACUUAACGCCUUGUUGAUUUCCACUGUUUUCAUUUUUGCGCUGAUAUCUCCACUGAUGGCGUUCGGGAUUUUAACUGUCUGAACUAUCGCAGUGCUUGUGUAAAAUGUUCAUUAUUUCUCCCCUUUCCUGGUGGUACAGGCCACUAAAAUAAAUUCGUACACAGCAGGUUAUAAUAU